CAGCGCGGCGGCUUCUUCAGGAGAACAGAGAUGGCGGCCGGUUAGAGCUACACGUAAACACCGCAUUUACACCCAGCUGGACUCCCCGACACGCUGAGGGGCAGCCAGCCUCAAGCACCGCCGCGGUGACACCGCAGCACACCCCCCGGCAGACUCCUCUCGUUCUCCUGGUUGAAUACUAACCGAUUUCCAAACAAAAACAUUAAAACAUGGAGGAACACUCCGGAGGAGGAGGAGGAGGAGGAGCGGCCGCCUCGAGACAGUCGCCUUUACCGCUGCAGCACCAGCAGGGGAGCAGCGGCAGCAGCGGCGGCGGUCCCCCUAUCGGAGCGGUCAUGGUCCCGCAGCAGAACGAAGACCUGCCUCGGCCUCAUCAGCAGUACACUAUUCCCGGGAUCCUGCACUACAUCCAACACGAGUGGGCCCGGUUCGAGAUCGAGAGGGCACACUGGGAGGUGGAGAGGGCCGAGCUCCAGGCCAGGAUAGCGUUCCUGCAGGGGGAGAGGAAGGGCCAGGAGAACCUGAAGAACGAUCUGGUCAGAAGAAUAAAAAUGUUAGAAUACGCUUUAAAGCAGGAAAGAGCAAAAUACCACAAAUUAAAAUAUGGAACGGAGUUAAACCAAGGAGAAAUGAAGAUGCCGAUCUUUGAAUCAGACACCAAAGAGUCGGAGGUGUCUGCUGUCCCUGCUAACAGCCAGCUAAUGUGGAAACAAGGACGGCAGCUGCUCAGACAGUACCUUCAGGAAGUCGGAUACACGGACACCAUCUUGGAUGUCCGCACUCAGAGGGUUCGCUCUCUGCUUGGCCUGUCGGGCUCCGAGCAGAACGGGUCGGUGGAGAAUAAGAACCUGCAGCACCUGAUCAACGGAACGGAGCGCUGUAAAGACGCCAAGAGGAUCCCGAAUGACAACCUGGAGACGUUCAACUUCCUGGAAAACGCAGAUGACAGCGACGAGGAGGAGGAUGAGGAAGGAGAUCUGAUGGAUGACAUCAGCUCAGACAAACACAGAACUAAAAAACACAAGACUAAUAUGGGAAAUGAGGGCCUGGCAUCAGAGGAUGAUGCGGACACAGAGGAGGCCCUCAAGGAGUUUGACUUCCUGGUAACUGCAGAGGAUGGAGAGGGAGCAGGGGAGGCCCGCAGCUCUGGAGACGGGACGGAGUGGGCGGAACCUCUGCCCUUCCCCUCCGGUGGGGGGAAGUCCUUCUUAUUGGGCGGGCCGGACGAUGUUCUGGAAAGUGUUUUGGGUCUGGGUGACCUGGCCGACCUCACCGUCACCAACGAUGAGACGGACUUUGGCUACGAUCUGUCCUCCGCCAAAGAGUCCGCGUUCAGGAAAACCUGGAACCCCAAGUACACGCUGCGGAGCCACUUUGACGGCGUCCGAGCGCUGGCGUUCCACCCGGUGGAGCCCUGCCUGGUCACCGUGUCUGAGGACCACACCCUCAAGCUGUGGAACCUCACGAAGACCGUCCCGGCCAAAAAAAGUGCCUCCUUUGAUGUGGAACCCAUCUAUACGUUUAGGGCUCACAUCGGCCCGGUUCUGUCCCUGGCGAUGACCUCCAGCGGGGAGCAGUGCUUCAGUGGAGGCCUCGACUCCACCAUCCAGUGGUGGAACAUCCCCAGCUCCAACGUCGACCCCUAUGACACCUACGAUUCCAGCGUCCUGGCGGGGUCGUUGUUGGGCCAUACGGACGCCGUGUGGGGACUGGCUUACAGCGGCAUCAAGAACCGGCUCCUGUCCUGCUCCGCGGACGGAACGGUGAAACUCUGGAACCCAGCGGAGAAAGAACCCUGCAUCAGCACUUUCAACGCCAGCAACGAGCACGGGAUGCCCACUUCUGUGGACUUCAAUGGUUGUGACCCCGCCCACAUGGUGGCGUCCUUUAACAGCGGAGACGUGGCGAUAUACGACCUGGAGACGUCCCAGACUGCACUGGUGCUGAAGGCUCAGGGAGACGGCGCUGCUCCGCCUCUGAAUCAUAUCAACAAGGCGGUGAGUCACCCCACGCUGCCGGUCACCAUCACCGCCCACGAGGAUCGUCAAAUCAAGUUCUUUGAUAACAAAUCAGGUAAACUGAUCCACGCCAUGGUGGCUCACCUGGAUGCAGUGACCAGUCUGGCCGUCGAUCCAAACGGCAUCUACCUGAUUUCUGGCAGUAAGUCUCCUGACGCUCAGAGCGAAGCUGGCUGCGUCAUUUUCCUGGUUUUCUGACAUAACCUGACGUGA